AUGGGACCCUCUCGCGACCUACAGGAAGCCAUUCAGGCCCGGCCGUUCAGAGAUGAGCCCCCGAGUACGCAAGCUGCUCCAUCCGGAGAGGCACUGGGCAGUUUCCCAGGCAUCAGCGGUAUGGAUAUGGACAAUGCUCGACGAUCCACAUGCCGUGCUCGCGCUGACCAGGUCGCCAGUCGGCCGGUGGCCGUGUCCGGGCCAGCCGGGGCCCUGGGGGGCCUAUCGCGCCCUCCAGCUGAGGUGGAUCGGGGGGUCGUGGACGGUCUCGAAGCCAAGAUCCAGAUCCCUGGCGGGCGUGAGAGCAGGGCAGCGGCCGCGUAUUUUUGCAGCAAGAGGACCAGACACGUGACCAUUCGCUUGAGCCCAGCAGCCGUGCUUUACUACUGUACUGUAGAGGGUAUGUAUAGUGAGGCAGCACAGUCGAAACCCACCCUGGAGGACGAGGAUAUUGAAGGUGUACUAGUCCUGUUCGAGAGACGAGAAGAGGCGCUCCCACCGAGGACGGGAUACCGUAAUGACAUGACCCGCACACCUGCACUGCGCAAUACUUUGAGCGCAGCCAGCACUCGAUUAGUAGCAACCAACUCAAUCUUGGGCUCGGUAGAGAACAGCAUCUGCAUCGACUGGAUGCUUGAUGCUAUUCCCACAGUCGUCUACUACGACUAG